AUGAAUGACCGUGAUCAUGCCGGGCUCUCGGACGGUACAGCGGCAGCUCAUGACUCGGUUCCUCGGUACUUUGGAAAGACUGGCCCAGUGGAUGCAGAUCCCAGAAAGACCAAAAAGGACGGAGGUGGAAAGGGUAACUGGGGCCGUUCGGGUGAUGAAGUGCAAGAUUUCGACUAUAACUUCACCAAUGCCCGACGUCGGUCUAAUAGCAGCAACCAGGGUCUAGCUGAAUUCAAAACUAAAUUUGAGACAGUUGAUGUGGAGCCCGUAUUUGAAGAAGAGGUCCAGAGAUCACCCGAUAAGAAUGGUGAUGAGGAAGGUGAUGCAUCAGCCCAGAAAGCCACCUAG